AUGGCAAAUUCAGGAGCAAAAAAAAGAAAGACACAAAAUGAAAAAGAAUUAUUUAAAGUUAGAUUAAUAAUGGCAGCAGGUACAAUUCCAUAUAUUUUAUAUCGUGUCGUUUAUCAUAGUGAAACAUUUGGAGGAUGGCUAUGGUUUGCAUAUUUAUCAUUAAAUGCACUCAAUAUGUUUGCAUACUAUAUCAUUACAUCAAUGUGUAAAUUAACCUAUGAUAAUAAUGGUGAACUUAUUGAUGGUGGUUCUGAUUUAAAUCAAGGUGGUAUGACAGAAUAUUACUUUGAUAUUAUUUAUGUUUGUUGUAUUAUUCAAGGAUUAGGUUUAAUUUCAGAUAAAUGUUUAUAUUUAAUUUUAGUUAUUCCAGCAUUUGCAAUCUUUAAAAUUUGGAAAACUUUCAUUGGACCAUAUUUAGCAAGUAGAAAUCAACAACAACAACAACCACAAGAAGAAAAGAGUAAAAGAAGAGAGAAAAUGGAAAAGAAACAAGAAAAACAAAAAGUUAAAUAUGUUAAAUAA